AGACGCACACACAGGGGACAGAGGGAAAGGACUGUGGACGGAAGCUGAGCAAGGGGGCUGAAAAGAAAAAAAAAGGAAGAAAGAAAGCAUCCAGGUUCUAGGACGAUGGGACUGCACAGCGUGGAAGAGCUGGUGACCGGGAAGAGGUCAGAGGGCAAGGAGGCGGAGAACUUCCCAGGGGGUGUGUACGAGGCGGCUGUCAAUCAAGAGAAGCAGGAUGAUCUGAAGUCACACGGUCCUCUGAUGGGCGGGGCUCUGUGUGAGGAGAGUGACAGUGGAGGAGAGCAGGAGGAGGUCAGCGUGGCCGCACUCAAUACUGAUAAAACAGGCCGACUCAGGCUGGACACUGUGGAUGACCUGUUCAACAUUCUGCAGCUGAGGAAGAGGAGGAGGGAGAGGAAGGCCCCAACCAAGAAGAAGCCACAGCCAGCCCCCGAAACUCUGCCCGUGUUUGUGGAUGAGGACAUGUUUCUGACUGCAGCCAUGGAGAGCAAAAUGCCUGUGGUGGAGAAGUAUCUGUCUGAUGGAGGAGACCCAAACGUGACUGACACUUUCCAAAGAAGCGCUCUGCACAAAGCCUCCUUCAAAGGUCACACAGAGGUCAUGAAGAGGCUGCUGGACGCCGGCGCUGAUCUGGAGAAGAAGGACAAGCUGGAUGCCACUGCUGUGCACUGGGCCUGCAGAGGAGGCAGCCUGCCCGCACUGCAGCUGCUCCUUGACCAGGGAGCCAAGUUCACCUCCAGAGACAAGCUGCUCAGCACUCCACUGCACGUGGCCGUGAGGACAGGACACAGCGAGUGUGCGGAGCAUCUCAUCCACUGUGGAGCCGACGUCAACGCCAGAGACAGGGACGGAGAUACACCCAUGCACGAUGCAGUGAGGAUCAACAGGUUUAAAAUGAUCAAACUGCUCAUGAUGUAUGGAGCUAGCCUCAACACCAAAAACAGUGAUGGAAAAACUCCAAUGGAGACGCUUUACUCUUGGCAGAAUGGAGCCAAGAGCAUUUUAUGCAAUGAAGAGAAGCCCACCUGGUGAGAUCUGAGCCAGGAUCUGAACUGGAGAAGGAGCCUGCAGGACCUCCAUACGAUAUCAACAUAUCUCAAAGUAUCUUUCUGAAGGCUCUAGUCCAUUCUGUAGUGCUCACAAGUGCAUCAGAUUUGGGAUAGCUGCAUUUAGCUGGCAGGAGAUACACUUUUACCAGACCUAUUUUUUUGUUUGAAGGGGUUAGAUCUGUUACUGUAGGUGAAGCAGACAG